UAUCUGUUAGCCAUCGCUUCAAUGCUCGCACUCCCGAAGAAUGGGAUGGCAGCGAUAUCCAGCGCACGCUCGAAGGUGUUGUCCAACUGGUCAUCAAGUCGUAUGGAAACAGAAGUGGUGUCGACGGCAACGAUAACAGCGUGUCCUCCAGUUGUUGACGUUAACCAUCAAUCGGUGGUGAAUGAGAUGCCAAAGAGUGACUCAUCGGAGUCACAGACAGCUUCUCUUGUGGACACGAGUCAACAAAAUGGCAAUCAAUCACUGAUUAGCGAUAUAUAUAUCCCUAAUCGAGACAACCCUUCGGCCAAAAGCGUUGAACCAAAACCUAAAAAGUCUAAAACAGUGCCAAAGAAUGUGGUGAAGAAGAAGAGUGAGACCAACAAUGAUAUGAAGAAUGAGCUGAAGAUUAAGAUGAAUUUGAAUGCGAAUCCAAAGCCAAUUGAGAAGAAGCGGCGAAUUUCGCGAAGGAAUGGCAACAAACCGGUGGUCGUGAAGGACCUCUCGGACGCCAAAGGUUUCCUCGCCUUCUGUACGCAGAAGUACCCGCCGACCAAAGAAGGCAUUCCCUUCAUACAGGACCGGAGCACAGCCCUUGAGUGGGUGCUGAAGUUGCGGGGCUUAGUUGUGUACGCGUUCGCUGAGGAGGGAAACGCCACUCACACGGACACCAAGCUAUGGCUGCCGCAUUUGGAGUCCAAAAACUUGGAUCCCAUGAACGCCCAGUAUUUGUUGACUUUUGUUGGCCAACAGUUCUGUCAGAUCUAUGCCGACGAACAACGAGUGAUGAAGAAGUAUGUGUCGAUCACAUGGAAGAAGCCGGUCAAAGGGGUUCGCGAGUUGUGUGAUGUCUGUAAGACCACUAUAUUCAACACACACUAUGUCUGUCCCAACUGUGGAUUCGCUGUCUGUGUGGACUGUUUCGAUGUGCGCCAGGAAUCCACUGUUCGGCCUAAUCCUCACUCCACGAGAGGCAAGAGUAACGAUGAGUUCGGUUGGAGUUUGUGUCACGAGAAGCGAAAACACGACAAAAAUGACUUCCAUUUGGCGCUCUUCAUCACAAAAGCCGUCUUCGCACUCAUUGAUCUCCUUUCGCACCAAAUUAGAAAUGAUUACAGGAUUCCCGGUAUUUGUGAAUGCAAUCAAUUGGACCCUAAACUCAACGUCGAUAUGAGGCAACAGUGCGCCACAGUUGAUGUCAAGACAAUGUACCCGGAUGUGCCCCGGAAGUGGUACUUCUCGGACCGUAUGCUUGUGUUGACUGAACCCAAAUGUUUAGACAAUUUGAAGUUAUUUCAAUUGUAUUGGCUUAAGGGUUAUCCUGUGAUGAUUCAAAAUGUGGACAAAUACCUGAAUCGAGAUAUUUGGACGCCUCAAGUAUUCAACAAGAGGAGUUUGUGUCACGAGAAGCGAAAACACGACAAAAAUGACUUCCAUUUGGCGCUCUUCAUCACAAAAGCCGUCUUCGCACUCAUUGAUCUCCUUUCGCACCAAAUUAGAAAUGAUUACAGGAUUCCGGGUAUUUGUGAAUGCAAUCAAUUGGACCCUAAACUCAACGUCGAUAUGAGGCAACAGUGUGCCACCGUUGAUGUGAAGACAAUGUACCCGGAUGUGCCUCGGCAGUGGUACUUCUCGGACCGUAUGCUUGUGUUGACUGAACCCAAAUGUUUUGACAAUUUGAAGUUAUUUCAAUUGUAUUGGCUUAAGGGUUAUCCUGUGAUGAUUCAAAAUGUGGACAAAUACCUGAAUCGAGAUAUUUGGACGCCUCAAGUAUUCAACAAGAGGUACGGCAAACAGUCUAAUCUUUUGGUGAAUUGCAUGAAUGGAGACAUCAUUAAAUCACAGCCAAUGAGUGUCUUUUGGGACGGCUUUGAAGACAUUGACAAACGGCUUAAAGACGAGAAGGGAAAUGAGAUGAUCUUUAAGCUGAAGGACUGGCCGCCAUAUGCAGAGUUUAGAGACAUACUUCCCAUUUGGUUCGAUGAUCUCAUGCAAGCGCUCCCACUCCAAGAGUACACCAGAUAUAAUGGCACCCGAAAUAUCGCGUCACGACUUCCCGAUUACUUCGUGCGCCCGGAUUUGGGACCAAAGAUGUACUGCGCGUACGGGUCUGUCCUCCACGCGGACAAAGGGACCACUAAUUUACAUCUGGAUAUGAGUGAUGCCAUCAAUGUUAUGGUUUACGUCGGAGUCGCACAACAGGACAACAAACCGCUGGAAUCGCACCUGAAGGCGGCCGCCGACACAUUCUUGAAGGGUGGGUGCGAUCCGCAGAUGAUGUCGAGGGCCACAAACUGUGAGUUGACAGCCGGCGCUCUCUGGCAUAUAUGGCGCGCAGAAGACGCGGACAAAAUGCGUGAAUUCAUCCUCAAAGUGGCAAAAGAGGACGACCUACGCAUCGAUCCAAACAGUGAUCCCAUUCACGACCAGAGCUGGUAUAUCGAUGAGACACUACGCAAGCGACUGGAGGUCGAGUACGACGUCAAAGGGUUGGCGAUUGUGCAGUGUUUAGGCGACGCUAUUCUGGUACCGGCCGGCGCUCCCCAUCAGGUGCAGAACAUCCACUCGUGCAUCAAAGUGGCCGGGGAGUUCGUGUCGCCCGAGAAUGUCGGCCAUUGCGUGACUCUCACUCAGGAGUUCCGGAAGCUAUCCAAACGCCAUAACAAUCACGAAGACAAACUGCAGAUCAAAAAUAUCAUAUACCAUACGAUCAAAGAUAGUCUUUCACUACUUCUACCGCAACACCGUUUGGCUUCAUUGUUGCCGAAGCCUCCGCCCAUACCUGUCCCACAAUCACCGCAUAAAGUGUUGUUAAACAGCACGCCUUCCUUCAAUGCAAACUCACUUAUGAUUUCUGAAGCGCACAAACCUUUGGACCCGCAGACGGCUUCUUCACCCAUAGAGAACUCUCUCCUAACGCCUCCCAAUAGUGUGGAAAAGUUGAAGAAUGACUUGAAUGGCGAGACAUUCAAUGAUAACUCUAACAAUACCGUCGACUCUACCCUAACAGUCACUGAUGCAGCCAAUGAGACGGAUAAGCCAUCGCUUCACAGGAGUCGGCUAGGACUUAACUGA